UUUUCAUAUAUUUUUCACAUCUCUGAUGCAAUUUCGUGGAUUUAAUAUUUACGCAAUAGUAAUUACAAAUAUAUUUUGUAUUUAAAAAUGAUUGUUCCUCAAAUAUUGCGUGGCCGGCUUACUACACUGCGGCCCAAUGUGAGCGCCCUUUUUUUGUCGCGGUCUCAUUUUACGUAUUAUCCAACCUCCUCGAGUUCCGGAAAAAAAAUGAAUAUGUUUAACGCCAUUAAUAAUGCAAUGGAUCUUGCGCUAGAAAAUGAUAAUUCAGCAUUGUUGUUUGGUGAGGAUGUGGGCUUCGGUGGAGUUUUUAGGUGCUCUGUUAAUCUACGAGAUAAGUACGGAAAGAACAGAGUUUUUAACACACCGUUAUGUGAACAGGGAAUUGCUGGUUUUGCUAUCGGAGUUGCCAAUACUGGAGUCACUGCAAUAGCUGAAAUUCAAUUUGCAGAUUACAUAUUUCCCAGUUUUGAUCAGAUAGUGAAUGAAGCUGCAAAAUAUCGGUAUCGUAGUGGGGGCCUCUUUGACUGUGGAUCACUAACUUUUCGAGUUCCUUGUGGUGCUGUUGGUCAUGGUGCACUCUACCACUCUCAAAGUCCAGAAGCAUACUUUGCUCACACCCCAGGUCUUCGCAUAGUGAUUCCUCGGGGACCGGUCAAGGCUAAAGGACUGCUUCUAGCCUGUGUUCGUGAUCCUAAUCCAUGUAUUGUUUUUGAACCUAAGACAUUAUACCGAGCUGCUGUUGAGGAAGUACCACUGGAUUAUUACACAUCAGACCUCGGAAAAGCUGACGUUUUGUGUGAAGGAAAAGAUGUCACACUCAUUGGCUGGGGCACGCAAGUCCAUGUGCUAUUAGAAGUUGCUAACCUAGCAAAAGAAAAACUUGGUGUUGACUGUGAAGUUAUAGAUUUGGUAUCUAUUUUGCCAUGGGACACUGAUGCUGUUUGUAAAUCGGCGAAAAAAACUGGGCGAGUAAUAAUAGCACAUGAAGCCCCUUACACUCAGGGAUUUGGGUCAGAGAUAGCUGCGUACAUUCAAGAAAAGUGUUUCUUACAUCUUGAAGCCCCAGUUAAACGUGUGACUGGAUGGGAUACUCCAUUUCCGCAUGUCUUCGAACCCUUUUAUUUGCCUGAUAAACACCGUUGCUUAUCAGCUGUACAAGACAUAAUGCUGUUUUAAAAAUUAUAUAUAGAUUUAAAAUGAGCAAAUUGCAAUUUCAUACGAAACGGAUGCAUUUAUUAUCAAAUUGAGUACCGCUUAAUAAAAAAUCAACUCUGA